AAGCAACUCAAGUCAACGGGGAAAGUGGCAGUGCCAACUCAGAAGUCGCCAUGGCGCCGCAGGAGAUGCUUCGACGAAUGAUGCUUUUAUUCCUUUUGGGAACAAUUUGCAUGGUGCAAAAUUUGCUUGCCACGGCAGAAUGGAACACCAAGGACUACAUGAAGAAGGAACACUCUCUCGUGAAACCUUACCAAGGAGCGGGCAUGACUAUCCCAAACUGGGACUUCCUUGGAAACACGAUGGUUACCGGCCAGUACAUUCGACUGACACCAGACCGCCAGAGCUCGAAGGGCGCAAUAUGGAAUAAUGUUCCUUGCAAGUCCAAAAACUGGGAAAUGCACGUGCAUUUCAAGGUUCAUGGCAGUGGCAAGGAGUUGUUUGGCGACGGGUUUGCAAUUUGGUACGCCAAGGAAGCCUUACAGCUAGGUCCCGUGUUUGGAAGCAAAGACAAGUUUUCAGGGCUGGCCAUCUUUUUUGAUACUUAUGCCAAUCAGAAUGGACCCCACAAUCAUGGCCACCCUUACAUCUCGGCAAUGGUGAACAAUGGGACGCUGUCGUACGACCACGACCGGGAUGGCACGCACACAGAGUUGGCGGGCUGUGAGGCCAAGUUCCGUAAUCUCGACCACGACACCCACAUUGCCGUGCGCUACGAGAAUGACGUUCUGACGGUCUCAACGGACAUUGAGGGAAAGAAUGCUUGGAAGGAGUGCUUCACAGUGAAGGGUGUGCAGCUGCCGACCAACUACUACUUCGGAGCGUCCGCAGUUACUGGCGACCUUUCGGACAACCACGACAUCAUCUCGAUGAAGCUGUUCGAGAUUGACCUUCCAACCGAGAAACAGCGGGAUACUGAAGACCGAUCCAAGAUAGUUCCAUCUGCAUCAUAUUUUGCACCUCCCAGAGAUCACAUUGAAGAUCCACCCCCAGCAAUGUCUGGAACCAAGCUCUUCCUGAUUGUGCUUUGUGCCAUCCUCGGUCUGGUUUUGUGCAUCAUUGUUGGAUUCAUAGUGUUCCAGAAGCAGCAAGAAACAUCCAGAAAAAGGUUUUACUGAUUCCAGAAGUGGGGGUGGUGAUAAGGUGCCAGUCCUUCCAAGAGUUCCAAGGAGGUGGACAGAACAGUCAUUGCAAACAGGCCUGCAGGAGUGAGCAGUUUUUUUGUUUCUGGCCAUGUAUUUUUUUAGUUUUUCCUUAUACAUUUCAUGGUCAUGUUUUUUUGUCGUUUUUUUAUGGCUACCAAUACUACUAGUUGUCAAUGUUGUGUAUAUGUGUGAAUGAAUGCUUCAACAAUGUGUAAAUGAAUUAGUUGAGUGGUAGGCUGCCUUGGAGGUGGGUGGGGAUAUCCGCCCACGGCAGCCUGGGUGUGGGUGACUACGAUUGAUUGCAUGGUGUACUGCUAAUUUUUAGAGCAGACGGCAGGGCAUUGUUGUUUCUUCCGAGGGUUUUGUCCUCUUGUGUCUCGCCGAUUUUGGAAAAAGGGUAUCAAUAAACAUCUUUUUGGGACAUUUUA